CUUGAGAGUCUUGAGAGGAGAAAGAAAAUUCAGCAGAACUGACGCAGUGAUAACAAGGAAAAGGAAACAUGAACUCGAAAAUGCAUAUAGUGAUUAGGAAAUUCCAGCCCUCAGACUUUGAAGUGGUGAAAACAAUAUUUCAAGAUGGAAUCCAGGAGCACAUUAUUCCUUCAUUCAUCUAUGCCAUUUCCCAGCCGGUCCACAUUACUCUGACUCUGUGUUUCUGCAUUGUGGGCUAUAUACUGAGUGGAGAAUCAGUUGGUCUGGCUCUGCUGGCUGGAGCAUCCUGGAUUGGACUGUUGUUGUACUGCUGCUAUGAGUUCUACGCUGGUUAUGUCAGACUGAAGCUGAGCACAGACAUGCAGGACAUUACAGGCUACUACAUUAGAAACCCAGAUAACGGCUUCUGGGUUGCGGAAGCUCAGGUCAAUGGGCGGCCCCUGGUGGUGGGUAUGGUGGCUGUAGAGGCCCAAAAUCUUCCAAAUAGUGAUGGGCAAAAGUACGGACACCUUUACCGAAUUAAUGUGUCUUCUGAGUGUCGUCACACUGGUAUCGGGUCACGCCUGGGGAAAGUAGCUGUGGACUUUUGUAAAGAACGAGGGUUCUCAAAGGUUGUGCUGGAAACUAGCUCUACUCAGAGGGCAGCUGUCAUCCUUUACAAUAAGAUGGGCUUUAAACUUGUGCAAAUCCACACACAAAGUGAAGGUCCUUGGUGGAUCAUCUGGCUGAUCAGAGUUACAAUUCUGAAAAUGGAGAAAGUCUUUUAAACUUUAAUCCAUUCAUCCAUUCAUAUAUACCAUAUGACCAAAGGUUUGUGGACACUUGGCCAUCACACUCAUAUGUACUUCCUGAACAUCCUAUUCCAGACUUUGCUGAAGCUGGCACCUUCAAAUAUGUUCGCAUGUUUAAAAAUGCCCCAAUAGAAAUCCUCAAAAAAUCAAAAGUUUCUUAUCAAAACGUGAUUUCAUUGCUUAUGCUAAACUUAAUUUAAACACGUUUCUAAUUAGAUGAUUGAAUUAUGUAAGGUGAGCGUGAUCAAUUCACAUUGUAUUAAUAUAAACCAAUUAUGAAAAUCUUGUGGGAAUGUUGGCUGUUACAGGUACUAUAAGUAUGGUAUUUAAAUUAACAUGGUUAAAUCAUGUGUGGUGGAAUAGUGUAGUGGUAAUGUGAAUGUUACAGAGUGCCAGCAAACUGGGUUCGAUCUUCAGUUCAGGUGCAAGCGUGGAGUUUGAUUUUAUUCUGGACAUUGAAAAUAUAUGACCAAAUCAUCUUAGAUGUACGAAAAUAAAUUGUGUUAAUGUAACUCAAUUCAAUUAAUUGGAAGCAAUGUACGCAUUUAAAUUAAAUAAAUUCAAAAAACUUUUUUUCCCACAGUGUAUCAGAUUUCAAUCUGUUUGACCAGAGAUGCAUUUAGCUACAUGUGAAAAUGCAGAAACUGACCAGGUAAAAGCUGUGUUUAGGCCUGUCACUGGUGGUGAGGUGAUCACUCUGCGCUGGACUUUUCAUUCUCUUUUCAUUAUUCCACUCUCUCCAGUCAUGAUCUGUCACAGAGCCAACUGCCUUACUGUUGCAGUGUAUCAGUGCUCACUAUGUGCAAUGGUUCAUGUGACUCUGAGGUGUAUUUGUGCAAUGUACAUUACCUCCUUUUUGUAUUACACAUUGGACUUCUCCUAUACUCCUCUUGGAGGAAAAAAGCCCCGAAUAGGCCCCUUACUGAACAGUGUAUUCUUCUCAAAGUGUGUCCAGAAUACUCAGAACAGCUUGCACUUAAAUGUAGACCUGAAGGCACACCAUCACAAAUGGCCUGUCUUGCCCUAACUUUGUCUCCAGAAGACACUAGAAUGGGAAUGAGAUGCUCACUGGAGACAGUUUCAAUCCUUAUGGUCUACCUGUCCACAUAUUAAACAAAUUGGCCUAUCCCAUCUUACCAGGUGCUCUCUUUUGAGUCUGUUCAGCCAACUGUCUUUACAUUUAUUAUGUCUAGUUAUGCCUUUUUAGUUCUGUCACUUUUCUUCCUAUAUGCUAGAAUGCACAGUCAAAAGAUCAAUACUGACAAUGCUGGAUACUUCCAAUGCAAAGCAAAGAGCAAAUAUUUUCCAGUCAGUUGUUUGUAUUUGCUUUUACUUGUAGCUGAAUUCAUUUUUUUUUUUUUUUAAAUGCAGAUAAUUUCACUUUGAGUACACAGUUAAUAAAUGUCUGGUUCUGUGUGGUAACAGAAUAAAAAUUGUAAAGGUUCAAAGGGUAUGGAAGCUUUAUAUAAUAACUGUAUGAUGUAGUUAGACUUUAACUUACUAUAAAAAGAGCUUAAAUAUUGUCUUAGACGAACACCGUACACUGUCCCAUUGUUAAACCUCAGGACAGUGUUGUUAAGCAGAAAUAUUAUUUAAAAUAUUAAGUAGAGAUUAUUUAUUUUGUGCCCUUGAGACAACAUGGUUAGCAGCACUAUUAAGGAAUAUUAACUUAAUAUCUAAUUAAUAAUAAACUAAUCAACUUAAUAAA